AUGGCUGAGCUGCAUGUUGUGGAACCGAGUGGUGCUGGCACCAUAGAGCAGCCCGAGCACCGCGACGUCCGGGGCUCGGUGCGCCUGGCGUCGCCCACUCUCAUGGUUCCGCCGCGGAGCAGCCAGCUCAGCCCGGGCGGGGUGUCGGGCUGCAGCGGCGGCGGCGGGAGGUCGGUGUUCGGGUUCCCGGUGAAGAGCAAUCCCAGCUCCCCGUCCGAGCCGGUGGACAAGCCGGGCUCACGCUGGGUCCGGCUUAACGUCGGCGGUACCUACUUCAUCACCACCAAACAGACGCUGUGCAGAGACCCCAAAUCUUUCCUGUUCCGCCUGUGUCAGGAAGACCCGGACCUGGACUCUGACAAGGAUGAGACCGGAGCCUACCUAAUCGACAGAGACCCCACGUACUUUGGCCCUAUCCUGAAUUACCUUCGGCAUGGAAAACUGAUCAUGGAUAAGAAUCUGGCAGAAGAAGGUGUUCUCGAGGAAGCCGAGUUUUACAACAUUGCCUCGCUGGUGAGGCUGGUGAAAGAGAGGAUACGGGACAAUGAGAAUCGGACGUCUCAGGGCCCCGUGAAGCAUGUGUAUCGAGUACUACAGUGCCAAGAGGAGGAACUCACACAGAUGGUCUCAACCAUGUCGGACGGUUGGAAGUUUGAGCAGCUCAUAAGCAUCGGCUCCUCGUAUAACUAUGGCAACGAGGACCAGGCAGAAUUUCUGUGUGUAGUUUCCCGGGAACUCAACAACUCCACUAACGGCAUUGUCAUCGAGCCCACUGAGAAGGCCAAGAUCCUUCAAGAGCGAGGCUCGCGGAUGUGAAGAGAUCCUGAACUUAACAAUUUAUGAGCAACAACCACAUGAACAUUUUCUUCACUUUUCAUCAAUCUCCUGCCACCUUUUUAUCAUCAUCAUCAUCAGCCCACUUCCUUCUCCUCUGGUGUGCCUUUCCACAGCGGGGGCUGCCUGGCGCCUUCCCUGUCCUCCAGCACUGGUUUAUCUUCUUGUUUCUUCUGCUCCACUUCGAAAGAGAGGUGAAAGGUUCAGGUGUUUUCCACGUUACAGCUUUUUAGUGGGCAGUGUGACAGAGGCGCAGGCUACGCUGCUGAUUGUAGCCUCUUGUUGCUCUCAGUUGGAUGGACAGAGCUACCAGAAAUCAUCUCCAUCUUCAUUUUGGAUCUCCAUCGCUGUUAUAAGACAGGAUACUUCCUCUUGGCUUACACAUUUGGCUGUUGAUUUAGCAGAAACCUCCUCAGGACUCUCAAAGACAUAAAGGAAUGGAAACACUCCACUGACUGACGGAGGAAGCAUCGACUCCUCUGCAGGUGGAGGCCGAGACAGAGCAGUCACAGGUGGAUGAUGCAGGGACCGAUCGCUCCUCAUGAGCUAACCUGGAGCAGCAUCUCUUCAGUGAACCACGAAAUCUCCAGUGGCUCCUUUUGAUCUGUAAGAAAAAAAGAAAACAAAUGACUAAAAAAAAGACUUACCUACACUAGUGUACAAUUUGUCAAGGCAUGUGAGGAAUCUAUAUAAAUCUAUAUAGGCUACAUGAUGAAAUUAUAUGAAAAUUUGAAUGCAAGUGGUGUAAUUAUUGAUUUCUGUAUCAUAGUUGUCAUAUAUUCACAUAUUCUGGUGGUUGACUCGAUUGAAGUGAUGGAGAAAAUAUCAGUUUUCCUGCCCGCUAACACGGGUGUGAGUUUGUGUUUGCAGUGCCUCUCUGCUUUCUGUUCACGACUGAAACAUCACCAGUUUUUCAGCUGCACGUUUUCUGUAAUGUUCGUCAAAAAAAAGAAGAUAACAUCAGUAACUUUUCUCUUAAAUAUCCGACUUUGAUCUAUUGCAUAUCUUAAAAUUGUAAUUAGGGACAAGGAAAACUGCUGUCAUUGCCAUUUGUCCAAGCGAGCGUGGCGUGACUGGGGUUGGACCGUGGCCAGUCUGUAUGCUGCCUCAAAACCCUGAAACACCCUUCCCUCUCUGGCCUUGUGCUAUUCUCUUUGCCAAUAUUCGCUCACUUUGCAGCUGCCUCUUGUUGCCACACCCAAACAACUGUGUUGUCUUACACUCUGCAGCACUUGUAGCAACCGUGGCGCAAGCUACGCUGUACCGCUCAUGCUUAAAGUCCCGAGGUACCUGAAUAUUACGCGCUGUUAGUGACGCUGCAUGAUGGGAAGUGACUUCAGUUUUUCGGAGCUCGAGAGUGAAGCCUUAGGAGUUUGGCUGAAGUGUGUUGUUCUUGUGCUCAACAUUAAGUUGCUAUGUGAUUGUGCUGUUUUUGAUACUUUCAAAAACACUACAACAACAUAGAAAAAUACUUUGUAUAAGCCAGAUUUCACAAUUGCUGCCCCCAUUUAUAGUUCUGCAAUAAAAGGAAAAUAUCACAUGUAAGCUUGAUUUAUACUUCCACGCCAACUGUAACUGUACUUCAUGGCAAUGCUGACCACAGCAGCUUCUUGGUAGUAAAUACAUCAUACUGAUUUUGCAAAGGUAACGCACAUUAUGGAUUGUAAUUGUGUUCUACUUUUCUCCAAUGCUAAUGCAGUAGCCGGUAAUCUGCCCACGUAGCCAUCUGCCAUUUUCUUGUUUUCAUAGCUCAACCAAUCCAUGUAUUGACUAAGUAAAUUUAAUAUUUAUUAGCUCUAAAUCCAACAUAAUUAACUCAGUCUCACUUGCCAUUGUUUGAGGAAUACAUUAGUGGCAUAAAAACCCCACCAGUGCACAGCUAUGAAUGCUAACAACAGCUUAGCGUCUGCAUAGAUUUAAUUCAGGAGUAUAAGUCAAGCUUUAAUCUGUACAUGCAACUGGCAUGUACUAGAGCUAAAAUGGUGAUUUGUCAGUUGACAGAAAAGUGAAAGGGGACCCGUUCUGCUAAUUUCCAGCUCUAGAUUUUUAUUCUUGAGCUUUGCAUGAGUCUCAUUUCAGAAUAAUCCUUAUUAUCUUAUAUGGGGCCUUGGUGCAGCCCCUCAGCUCAUCCUCGAACUGCAACUGUUUUAGGUCCCAUAUAAACUUGAAGCUGACUUUAUUCUGAUUGGCUGCCCCUCAUAAAGGGAAAAACUUCCUGAUGAUCAUAUUAGGAAUAGUCAAACCAACUGACAUAAUACGGGGUCAAAAGUAGAAAAAGCUGUAUGAAGCUGAACUUGUGGCUCACAGGGAUUAUUUGUAUAUUAUGCUGAUUUCAGUAUCGUAAUCAUAUAUAGAUGAGCAAAAAAGAGGAAAAGCACAGUAGGUCCCCUUUAAUCUGCCACAGCUGAAUACCAAGUCAUUUAUCAAGCAGAAAUUGCCACUGAUUUUUAAUUUUCUGUGCUUUUUUUAUAUUUGUGUGGAUUUAAUAUAGUCUGUGUAUCUCUAAUUUGCAAACGUCGCAUAAUAACAAUUUUCAAACAUUUCUAGUAUCCAGAAGUAUAAAAAGGGUUCACAUGCCUUGUCAAAAUGAGUUCUAUAGUCACAUUUAUAUUUUUAAAAAAUGCUUUCUUUAGUAUUUCUGCUUCAUCAGUGACUCAGAUUUAUUUAUUCUGUCAGUGACUAAUCAUUUCACCAUCUGGGGUAAAUGCAGCCUGUUAAUGUGAGCAACUUAAUGCAAAGUUUGAGCCAUAUUUACACAUAUCAGAAAGAGAACUGAGAAUCGUUUUGUUCAUGUCUCAGUCCAAGCUGAGGAGUUUUCACGACACUUAUACUGACAUUGACCCCUUUGAUAACCCAUCCUUUGUAAAGAAUUUAUUUGAUGCAGUUAUGUUGUACCACGCAUGAAGAAAAAUAAUGCAUUUUAAUGGGGAAAAAAUGGUACCUUUUGCUGUUAUCAUGCUCCCUGGUUUUUACCCGUAUUGAGUGUGUGUUGUGCCGUUUUCUUCUGUAAACCAGAAUAAUGAGCAGACUUUGUACUGCUAAAAAAUGCCCAAACGUGUCAUUCAGGAGCACUUUUAUUUCCCACUUGUUCUCUUGGCCCGUUCAAAGCACCUUGGAUGUUCUUUCCUUUCGUCUGUGUCCAGUGUUGUGCCUUUGACCUGUGUUGUGCACAGUUGUACUCCCCUCUUAUCAUAACUGCCUCUCAUACCUUUAAAAAAAAAAAAAAAACGCCAGGAGGCACCUACCUGAGGCAUCAUGUGUACACUGUCUAUCUUGGUUUUUACUGUGUUUCAGUAAGAGGUGAGCCAAACUGAACCUUGGCAUUAUUUUAUUAUAUAUAAAUUUGCAAACAGCUGCUUUCUUUGUGCCAUUGCUUUGGAGCUAAAUCCAACCACAGUCCCUUACACUCCUGGAGAUUUAAAAUAUCUGCUGUGGUGGUGGUGGUGUGUUGGCAUUAUUGGUGGAGUGGACAACAGGAGGUCCAGUCCAGGCAGGUUUCCCUCUUCUGCUUAUAUCUUAGUAAAACUCCAGAAAUGCACUUGGAAAUUGAUUUCCCUUCAAACUUGCCAUAAUGCAGCAGCUUCUUUUCUCCUUGACUUGCAUGCUGAAGCUCUCUACAAAGGUCCCACUUUAGGUAUUUGUAAUCAAUGUUCAGAGCCCUUAAUGUAUCCUUGUGAGCCCUGGUUUGGUCUCAUCAUGGUUGCAUAGUUUGGUGGUUCCCAACUUCAGAUUUUUUUUUCUUUUAGAUUUUCCUCAGUCAUUGCUUUUAUUAUUGCGUUUAUUAUUAAUUAACAGCUUUGUGUUAAUCCAGUUAUAUCAUUUAUUUACCGUUAUAAGUGUUAGCAUGUUAAUGUUAUCACUGAGGUAGCCACACUGACAUUUUGUAAUAACUAGUAAGGCUGUAGAUUUAUUUUAUAAUUCAGCUGAAUUAGAAAAAAUGCAAAAACUAAAACAGGAUAAAACCGCAGUUUUUAGAUUGUUAACUGCUAGCCAUACGUUAAACCAGUGACAUCAGCAUUUUUUUUAUUGUGAAAGUGUUAGCAUGUUGAAGUUAGCUCUUAAUUUGAUUUUUCCUUAGUGUUACUUGAGGGAUUAAACUCUUCAUAUAAGAUAUUUUGUUUGAAAUGGGUACAAACCACAAAAAUAUGCAACCAAAAAAGUUGGGAACAUCUGACCUAGAUAAAUUCUACAGUAUACCUAAUAUUAAUAAAUAAUUACCCAAACCACCUUUUUUUUUUUUUUUUUUUUUUUUUAAAUAAGAAAGACAACUUUCAACCACUAGUUUUUACUUGUACCUGCACUAGUUACUCUACAAAUAAUCUGCAAUGUUAAUAAAUCUGCAAAAAAUAUAUAUCUAGUGUUCGGGCACAUGAAAACAUGAGAGCAUGCAUUGUACUAGAGAUGUCGUAUACUGGAUUUUGUCUGACCUCUGUGUUAGUGCAAAUUGUAUGUGAUGCAUGGUGGGGGGAAGCAGAGGGAAGGCAUGGCUCUGUGGUUUGUAGGUGUAGAUUUCUUAUGUGGAACAGUUGGUCUACAACUUGAUAUAUUCUCUACUCACAAGUUCCAUUUCUUUGUCAUUUUUGUAUCUUUGUCAUGUCGGUUUAACUUUAACGGUAGAAAGAAUAGCUAGCUUUAAACACAUAUUACCCAGCCGAUAAGACUGCAGACCUUUCAACCUAGCCCCCCAAACCUUGGUUUAAAUAGCAUUUAUGCGACCUGCAGGUCAACACGCAACAAAAAAGAAAAGAAAAAAGUUUUUUUUAAAUUUCAUGGAUCAUUUUGCCAGUUAAUCUGUAAACACCUGCAUGCGUUUGUGGACAUGCACACUUGUACACUCAUUUAGACGUAUUGAUAAUGUCACCUAUUAACUUACUUUGUGUUCAUUUAUCAACAGUAUUGAUGUCAAAUGUGAAUAUCGUCAACUGAGACUGUGGAGAAAUGUCUGGAAGCCAACAAAACAUUUUGUCUGAUCGAUUGUUUCACUUUUAUUUAUUUUAUAUUUUUUGAAUUUUGUCUACCGAUGUUUCUUUACAUGUAACAAUUUUAACAAAAACCCAGUCUGGUUUUUAAUCAUAAAAUGUGUCUGUUUUAAA